UCCUCGUUGGAGCAUUGUCCUCGUUGUUGCAGACAUCAACAGAUCCAUCACCAUGGAAACUUCAACCUACUCCUACAUCUUGCUCUUCAUCAUCUUUCUUUUCCUCAAGGGUUAUUUGCAGAAAAAUAAGAAGAGAUUGCCACCAAGCCCUGCUCUCUCUCUCCCCAUAAUAGGCCAUCUCUAUCUUUUUAAGAAACCCCUCCAUAGAACACUUGCAAAGUUAUCCGACAAAUAUGGUCCAAUUGUAUACAUCAAAUUUGGCUCCCGCCCUGUCAUUCUUGUAUCCUCCCCUUCUGCAGCUGAGGAAUGCUUCACCAAGCACGACGUCGCUUUUGCAAACCGUCCAAAGCUGCUUGCCGGCAAACACCUUGGGUAUAACUAUACUACAGUUACCUGGGCUUCUUAUGGCUCCCACUGGCGCAAAUUAAGACGCAUAGCUUCCCUUGAACUAUUGUCAUCCAGCAGCCUUCAGAUGUUUCAUGGCAUACGUGCAGAUGAAAUCAGGUCACUCGUUUGCCAGCUUUUUCGAGGCUGUAAUGGUGGUGAGUUUCAGGGUGUAGAGAUGAAGUCAAAGUUUUUUCAGCUAACACUUAAUGUUAUAAUGAGAAUGGUUGCUGGGAAAAGAUACUAUGGGGAAGAUAUAGCAGAUUUGGAGGAAGCUAAAAUGUUUCAACAAAUUGUUACAGAGGGGUUUCAAUUGACUGGGGUUACUAACGUUGGAGAUUUCAUACCAGUUUUAAACCACGUAGGAGUAAGCAAGCUUGAGAAGAAGUUGAUAAUAUUGCAUAAGAAGAGGGAUAAGUUCCUGCAAGAUUUGAUUGAUCAACAUAGAAAAAUGCAGAGCGACUCUGCUUUGGAAAAGAGAAGCAAGACCAUGGUGGAUGUCAUGUUGUCACUGCAAGGAACUGAAGCCGAAUACUAUACUGAUGAAAUCAUAAGGGGCAUGAUGCAUGUUAUGUUAACAGCAGGAACAGACACCUCAGCUGGAACCAUGGAAUGGGCUCUAUCACUAUUGCUCAACAACCCUCAAGCACUUGCAAAGGCCCAGACUGAAAUUGAUAACCACAUUGGAGAAGGCAGACUAAUUAAGGAGUCAGACCUUGCCAAGCUUCCCUAUCUUAGUAGCAUCAUAUAUGAGACCCUCCGAAUGUACCCAGCAGCCCCACUUCUGGCGCCCCAUGAGGCAUCGGAUGACUGCACCGUGGCUGGCUUCCAUGUUCCACGUGGAACAAUGCUGUUGGUGAACGCAUGGGCCAUACAGAAUGAUCCUAAGUUGUGGGCAGAACCUGAACAAUUUAAGCCAGAGAGGUUCCAAAAUGUACAAGGAGAAAGAGAUGGUUUCAUGUGGUUGCCAUUUGGGACCGGAAGGAGAGGCUGUCCUGGUGAAGGCUUAGCAAACCGGAUUGUAGGGCUGGCCUUAGGGUCACUGAUUCAGUGCUUUGAGUGGGAGAGACCUAGUGAGGAAAUGAUUGAUAUGAGUAUAGGUACUGGGCUCACCAUGCCUAAAGCUCAACCGUUACUAGCAAAAUGCAGGCCACGCCCAACAAUGCUGGCCUUACUUUCUCAACUCUAAGCAUAUCUAUUGGCUUUCUGGGCUUGUUAUUUCUACUAUUCCAGUCAGACAGAUAUGCACAUUGUUUUUCGAAUGCAAUUAUU